UAGUUUAAAAUUGAGCAAAGACAGAAAGGGGUAUUAAGCAAGGUAGGACAAAGUCAAUAAUAAGGCUUUACGGCAAGAUAAGGUAGAACAAGAUGAGUCUUACCAAAGAAAACAAGGGGAUGGAGCAUCAGCAGCUCCGGUGACCCUCUCCAACGUCGACGGUGAAGGACACAACAGAAUAACGGUGGCGGUGGUUCCUCUCCUCUGGAGUGACUCCCGCAGCAACACUACAAGCUUUGACGAACAGGGGAGAGGUAGGGGUCAGCCGCAGUGGAGCAGAGUAAAGGCGGAGAUAGCUUCGGGUUGCACCAGCGGUGAGCUUCAGCGAUGGCAAUAUCUCCGUCCGACGCGGCCCCUUCAACGGCGAUGACCGUAACUCCAGCGAUGAGUCCCAGCAGCGACGAUAGUGGUGCUGCCUUCUCUUUAUCCAUCUCUCUCCUUAUUCGUCUCUCCCUCUGCCUCUAUAACUCGAUAGCGGCGACGGCUUCUCUUUGCUUUGCCAGUGCCGUCAUCUUCUUCUCUUCUUCCCUCGUUUCAGAAAGGCAUCAUGAUGAUGGAGAGGCAGUUGACAUGUUUUCUCAAGUCAUGAUGGUAUUCUUGGCUCUCCUAGUGAUUAAGCUUAGUGUUCAUGUUUUAGGUUGAAUGGAGCUGAUAAAUCUCUAGAGGUGUUAUUAGGCAAGGAGUUAUGUAUGGGAAAAUCCAUUGGUACUUUUUUUUUAAUUGGAAAAACUUCUAGAGAGAAGGGUGUUCAAAGUAUAAUUAGUCAUAUUAAGGAAGGUUUUGCAUGCUAUUAACACACACAAAUUUAUGAUUACAGUGGUUAAUUAACUUUCUUGGAUUAUUGUUUGCAACCAUAUAGGGCUCUACCAUUGCAUGCCUUUGAACUGUAUUCUUUGUUUUUGUGUUUGCCAUUAGCUUGUUGAUUUGGAACAGGCAAUGACCACAUUGACCAAAGCCACCCUGAUUUCUUCUCUUUA